AAGGUAGUUUUCAGUUGUUGGAGGCGGAACUUUCCCAGAAAGCUAUUCGUUAUGUGCAGAACGUGUGUUGUGUCAUCCUUCUUGUUUUCAACGCCGCUUUGUCUCCCAAACCAUCCCACCAUCUCUCGAGUUUGACCAAAACAAAAAGGGUACAUAAACAUGCAGCUGAUACAUCAUAAUCUUCGUUUGGAAUUGUUCAAUAGCGUGUGGCUGCUCUGAAACUUUCUGGGUUUUCUGUCUUCCGCCGCUUUUUGAUGGAUUCUGCUGCCUCUCAUUUGGUGCAGUGCUGGAUUUCUAGCUUCCCAAUGAGGAACUGAUGAUUUGGAAUGAUUUGAAAUACAUGGGCUGUUCAAGUUGAUAAAUUUGCAGUUGGGAUGCAGCCUGCAGCUUUUGGUUGGACCCGAAAAAUGAUUGGUUAGAGGUUUUAUAUGAUUGGUGGGUAGGUGGAUUCAGGAUUUUGCUUCUUAUAUUUGACUUUGAUAUAAUUGCAGACCUGUGUAUUGGUAGUAUUAGAUUGAUUAUAUUAUAAAAGCUAUACAACUAUGGAGCUACCUGAUGAGGAGGCCGUCGCCAACGGAGAGGCGGAGGAAAUGAACAGAGAGCUCUCUGCGGAGGCUCCUCUCCGGGAGCCCCAUUCCUACCAGAGUCAUUUUGGGGGGAUGGUGAGGAAGAAAGCUUAUAUCUUUGACGGUCUUGGAAAUUUUUACAACAAGGAAUGGGAUCUUACAGAAGGUAGAGGCAAUGAGUUCUGUUGGUACCAUGCUGAACUUCCAAAAGGACAUCAGAAGCUUUCUCAGUCUGCACAAUACCUCAUUGGUGUUCUUUGCCCGCCUUUGAAACUUCAGGAUAUUCUCUCUCUUGUCAGCAAUGGACCAUUUUGUGGGUAUGUUGAUGGGGCUCUGGUCUUCAGAGUCAACUCUCCUGGCCCUCCCUCCAGUGAUUUCACAUUUAGAAUUGCCGCAAGAAUUACCAAGAAUUCAGUUAUCACUGUGUCUUUGGGCCGUGUUCCCAGAUUGGGUUUCUCACCGGUGGGUCAAUCUCUUCUCUCAGAGAUUCCUAGUGUGGAGAGUCCCUCGUAUCAUAGAGGUGAGCAGAGGGAAAAGAGCGGGAUUGUCAUAGGGGAGCAUGUUCUUGAGUUCUUAUUGACAAUGAAUCACUCUGAGGAAGCCGAUAAUCCCGUGCCAAAAUCUGUCUCAAAUCUUGUAGUUCAUAUUGUUGACACGCAUGUGGACCACCUCCAAGAUGUUGUGACUAAACUUGAGAUAGAGUUGGAUUCUGUUGAGCUUCAGAUGGAUAAAGGUGGGCUUGCUUUAAAGAAACAAAUGCUGGAUGACAGGAGAUUUCCUAAAAUGCAUCUAGAUCUGCAGCGGCUCCUACAGGUGAUUGCUCAUGGGGAGCAAGUUUUUCCUCGCGUCAGAGAAAGAUGUUCCUCGAAGCAAUGGUUUUUGAGUGAAGAUAUUACCUCUCUUGAAGAGCUGAUAGGACGAUUGAGGAGGCUAAAGGAGAAUGUAGGCUUUAUAGCAAAUCGUGUCACGGCAAUACAGGCUGGUCUAGACAGUUGGCAAGCUGAGCAGAUAAACAGGAAACUGUAUUAUCUCUCAUUCCUAUCUAUAAUAUUCCUUCCUUUAUCCAUCGUGACUGGAGUGUUUGGCAUGAAUGUGGGGGGAGUUCCGUGGACGGAACAAAAAGACCCAACGGUGAAAAAUGGUUUCCGUAAUGUCAUGUUACUCUGUGUAGCUAUGCUUCUUCUGGCACUUCUCUGCUUCAGCUUUCCUGUUUUGUAUACCCGAAUAGCUGCUUGGCACAGGAGAAGAGCCAUGAAGAGGAGCUGGUCCCUCAACAGGAAAUCAUACCUAAAGAGAACCCAUGGAAUUGAAGCUCAAGAAAGAAGGGGCUACCUCCGCAUUUGAGAAAAGCAUCUAGAUUUGCAAUCGGAGAUUUCGCCUGUGCACUUACUGUUAUCUGGACAACCAAGAGGAAAAGUUAGAGAUUUCUCGUUGGAGACGGCCUGUUCUUUGGAUGGUUUUGUUUCUUUACUUGAUUUACAGUUCCUCCAUUUUUUCACCUUGGAGGUCAGCUUGUAAAUGUACAGUCUCUUGUAUCAUAUGUUUAAUACUGCUGCAGAUGGUGUUGUACAAUUUCCACUCAAAAGAUUAACAGCUUCAUGAUCAUAAGCAAAACAUUCGUUCAA